AUGAAGGCUGCUGAGAACGAGGUCUCGGAUGUGCACUUCAGUGUAGAUAAACAGAACAUCUCUCUCUGGCCCCGAGAGCCUCCUCCCAAGACGGGUCCAUCUCUGGUUCUGAGGAAAUCUCUCACAGUCCGGGCUGCAGUCAUCAUCCUGACGCUGGGCCUGGCUGCUUCCAUCCUGCUGCAGGCUGUUCUCUAUCCCUGGUUUAUGCGUACAAUAUCAAAUGUAAAGAACAAUGCUCAGUUGCUGAAAGGCCGUGUGGACAACAUCAGCGCUCUGGGCUCUGAGAUUAAGAGGAAUAGAGGAGGCGUGGAGGCAACCGGCAUUCAGGUCCAGAAGGUGAAUGCCAGCCUGGAUCAUGUGCGUUCUCAGAUCUGGAAGUUGGAAACUGGUGUGAAGGAAGCCAAUGCACAGAUACAGAUGUUAACAAGAAGUUGGGAGGUGGUCAAUGACUUAAAUGCCCAAAUUCCAGAGUUAAAAAGAAAUUUGGAUAAAGCCAGUUCUUUAAAUGCAAAGGUCCAGGGACUCCAGACCAGUUUGGAGAAUAUCAGCAAGGUGCUCAAACAGCAAAAUGACAUUCUGCAGAUGGUUUCUCAAGGCUGGAAGUACUUCAAGGGGAACUUUUAUUACUUUUCUCAAGUCCCAAAGACCUGGUACAGUGCCCAGCAGUUCUGUGUGUCCAGGGAUUCACACCUGACCUCAGUGGCCUCGGAGAGUGAACAGGAGUUUCUGUACAAGAUGGCAGGUGGACUUUUCUACUGGAUCGGCCUGACCAAAGCCGGGAGUGAGGGGAACUGGUACUGGGUAGACGAUACUCCAUUUAACAAGGUCCAGAGUGCAAGGUUCUGGAUUCCAGGUGAGCCCAAUAAUUUUGGGAACAAUGAACACUGUGCCAAUAUAAAGAUGUCCUCGCUUCAGUCAUGGAAUGAUGCCUCCUGUGACAAUAAGCUCCUUUUCAUCUGUAAACGGCCCUACAUACCAUCAGAACCAUGACGGGACUGGUCCCAAGUUUGCACGUUGAGCUCCAAUGCUUGUUGAACUAGAGAAGCUGCCUCUCUUUCUUCCAUAUUCCGGGAUGGCUUUGCACCUUCACUUUUCUGGCUUCAAAAUUGUCCCAGAGGCAUCCUGGAGUUCAUCUGCUUUGGCUGGGAAUUCUCUGACCCCAUAGAGGCAGUUGGAGUGGAAGGGAGAUCUUGGAAAAGGAGAGGAGGGGGGAGAGGAUUUAGAAGUUCAAAUUGCCUCAGGAAGGUGAUCAGAAACUUGCGGUUCCCUUUCCCUUCAGAGAAGCCUCAGUUUUAUCACAUGAAAGUUGCUUCAGACCACCCAAGCAGUUCUCCUGAUACCGAUGUUCAGGGCUUUUCCAAUUGAUCCCCCAGAAUUCCCAUUUGCCUGCUUAGGGGGCCGUGUUCUCAGUGGGAAGAGCUCGGCUCUUAGAGACCCCGUCUAGGCCCUGUUCCCAUUGCUCUCCAUCCACAUCCCCUGAGGUCUAAGCCCCUUCUUCUCUAAGAUGGGGGCAACUGGUUCAGCUCGGGGGCUGACACGGCAAUGAGUCUCUGUUAGAGCUGGACCAGCAUCCACGCUCCUUCUUGCUCCCCUUUGCUCGGCAAACUCCGAGGCCCAGCUCUGUUUUUCUACAGUCCUCUGCCCAGCCCCCCUGUUUCACCUCCUGCACAUCCUCUUUCAUCUGCAUUUCCUCUCUUCCCUUUAGGGACAGAGUUCACCUGCAAACUUCAUCAGAGUCAAAUGCUGCCUGGGUAAAGCAUGUUUUACCUCUGUGAGCAUGUUUUGUUCCCAGCUGUACAGGUGAAUAUGCCGUCAAGGCCAUCUGCUCUGCCGGACAUGGAGUUCUGGGGUAUCCCCAGGAGAUAGUUGGAGGCCCCAAAAUGACAAGGGGUAGAGAAGAUUCAGCUCCGGAAACGCCACAAAUAUGAGCAAUGCUUACCCUUGGUUUUUAUUGAACUGAAGGAGAGUGAGGUCUGCAGCAUCAUGUCCCUCCUGGUGGUCUUUCCUCUCAGAAGCUCAGUGGACAGUCUGUUGCCUGGCUUUACUCCUGAAGGUGUAAAGUUGACAUUAUUUCCCAUCCUUCACGAAGACCCUGUUUGUGGGUAUCAGGUCCCGGUGCCCUGGUCCAGUGGCUGAGGCAGGGAUCUAGGCAGGGGCUGUACUGCUAGGAGGGGAGCAGAGAAGGAGAAGGAAGGAGGUGGUGCGAGCACAGGGGUGGGCUCAGUAGGGCGUCCUCCUCUCCUUCGGUCCUCAUUAGGGCUCUCAGUAGGGUCCUGAGGACAGGACAUUUUCCUUCAAUGACUGUGACCAGCAGGUGGUGUUUUGGGUGCAAAGGGGUCAGGCUUAGGGCAGGGGCAUUAGGAGGAAGCUUGAAGUAACAUGGGGCAAAUGGGAUUUUUAAAAUAUGGCAAUGGCAGGGCACCUGGGUGGCUCCGUUGGUUAAGUGUCCAACUUCUGUUCAAGUCAUGAUCUCACGGUUUGUGAGUUCGAGCCCGACAUCGGGUUCUGUGCUGUCAGCCGGAGCCUGCUUCGGAUCCUCUGUCUGUCUGUCUGUUUCUUUCUCUCUACGCCCCUCCCCUGCUCAUGCUCUUUCUCUUUCUCAAAAAUAAAUAGACGUUUAAAAAAAUAUGACAAGGGGGGUGCCUGUGUGGCUCAGUCUGUUAAGCGUCUGACUCUUGAUCUCAGCUCAGGUCUUGAUCCUAUGGUCAUGAGUUCAAGCCCUUCAUUGGGAUCUGUGCUUGUUGUGAAGCCUACUUAAAAAAAAAAUGAAAUAAAAUAAAAUAGGCAAUGGAUGAGGGAUGGGCAGUCAGUGAUCAUGUCCAUGCAGGAGCAUUUGCAGGCCAGUUCUAGAGACUGCUGAAGUCUGAGGGAGUGAGUAUCUCAGGGCAGAGAACAUGGGCAAGCCAAUGUGGCUGCUGCAAGCAUGAAAGAAUUCUUCCACAUUUCACUAAGAAACAUUUUGUUGUUCCUACUCUUUGUAAUUACAAGCAGCAAAUUAUGGGAGAAUUUUAUUUCUUCCCCAUGUCGGGCCUCUAGUCAUAGCAUGAGCUGAUACAGAAAUUGAAUACAAGCUACUUCUAGGGAGCUAUCCCAUUGUGUUUUUGAACAUUUCGCUUUCCCACCUGACAUGUUCGUCCUGAUAUCUGAGCUGCCGCGUUGAGUAGCAUGUGACCCAGCCCCACACUCCGCGUUCCUCCCUAGGUGGCACUUGUCACCAGGCCAGCUGAUUCAGAGGCUUGUAGCGUAAGGCCUAAAAUUUCAUGUGCUGCUGUGACAUCUUUGAGCCCCAGAGCCCAACUAUGCAUUCCCCUGAUCUCACCAGAUAUGUCCCCCUACCUGGCUAGUUCCUCUAUCCACUGGACCAGCUGCACUGCACCCAACUUUCAACCUAAUGGGUUCCACUAACCCACCCACCAACCUGGGAAACUAUUCCAAUGAGACAAUCAUGUCCUGCAGGAAUCAGGGCCCCUGUAAGUUCUUGUUACCAUAAUGCCUGCCUACCACAGUCCUUGCUGGUUCACUGUGCUUGCAGGCAUAACCCCUGUGGGACCCUGCAUAGCAUGUGGUCUCCUCCUCUCUAGACUGUGAGUAUAUGACUAAUAAACCACUGCUCAGUAUUAGGUGUCAUCCGUUUGGUCUUCAUCCCCUAUUUAGAGCAGGAGAUCCCUCCCUCACUGUUAUAGACCGAAUGGUUGUAUGUCCUCAAAAUUCACGUGUUGGAAUUCUAACCUCCAAUGUGAUGGUGUUAGGAGGUGGGGCCUUUAGGAGGGCUUCACCCUCAUGAUGG